AUGGCGGAGGAACCAUCCGCCAAACGUCAUCGGGUUGACCUUCAUGGCAAGGAGACGCUGGAGAUCGUCUGCACCAGCGAACCAGACAAGGUCGACGAGAUGAUGUCCAGGCUCUGGAGGAAGGCUGGCGGCAAGAUUCAUAAGAUCAUCGGCGUUGGUGUGCACUACACCAGAGAAGAUGAACCUCCCCAGAUGGCAGCAGUCCUGCAGUUGUGCGUCGAUGAGCUCUUCUUGGUGUACCACAUCGCAGCGGCCACAAAAUGGCCCAAGCGCCCGAACGAGUUGCUGCAGCAUGAGACGUUGUUCACAUUUGCCGGUUUCAGCAUUGAAAGCGACAAAGAGAGGCUGAAGUUGUCCGGUAUGGAGAUCAACCCCAACAAGUUCAUCGACAUUCAGCGCAAGUGGAGAGUUCCAUACACCGGAAAAGAGUAUGACUCCUUGACUGAUGUUGCAGCCAGCGUCAUCCACCCAUUCACAAAGGCAUGA